ACAUUACAAGCUCUCUACAUGGCGAAGAAUGAACACCUCCAAUUGGCGGCCUUGCUUCUCAUAUUUUUAUGGCUUCUUCAUGUCUGCACAGGAGAUAUUGGGACAGCAGGCCAAUACGCUCCCCCAUAUCUGCCAACUGCCUGCUACGGCAACGAUCUGUCAAAGUUCCCAUCAAACAACUUAUUCGCGUCAGCCGGAGAUGGGCUAUGGGACAAUGGAGCAGCGUGCGGCAGGCAGUACUUUGUCAGGUGCUUGAGCGCAGAGACUCCGGGGAUAUGCAAACCUGGUCAGAUCAUAAAAGUGAAUAUUGUGGAUAAAGCCUCUAGGAAUGGAGUGAUCCUUGUUCUUUCUACUAUUGCAUUUGGGGCUAUUGCUAAUCCUUCUGCUUCUUUCGUUAACAUAGAGUAUGCAGAGGCUUGAGGGUUGCAAUGGAUAUUAAUGCGGAUAUACAUCUCGGAGCUUUUUGUUUAUCUGAUGGCUUGAGGGAGAAGGUUUUUUGCUUUUUGUUAUUGAGGUUUCCAUUCUAUGUCUUUCAAUUUCGGUUUCUGUGAUCACAUCGCUGUGUUUUUUUUGAAUCAAUGUGAGUGGAGUUCUUUUGAGUUUUUGAAAGAGAGGAAUA